GCAUCCUAUGGGGUGAGCGAGGAUGACAACAGUGAACAAGCGAGUGGAUGGAUGUUUCUCCGCAGAGUGAAAUUCAGCACAUGUAAAGAUCAACUGUGGAUUUAAGUAAGCUCUCAAUGACUUAGUCACUGCAUGCUGAGGCUUCCCGUUGCCUGUGGGGAUUCUGGGGAAUGUGUGAUGACAGCACCUCUACCUCAGAAGUUUGAGUCGCUCUUGUAUUCACAGUGCGUCCAUGCACACGCGUUUCUUGGGUUUAAUGGGAUCUUGGAGAUUUUCACGUUGCUCAUCGUGACUUGACAGCCCGUGGACUUCCUGGCAGAUUGAGAAUUAUUUGAAGGUCUUCUGAUGAAUGGACGGGCACAUUGUAAAUCAGCCGCUGGAGAGAGAGAAGCCGGAUUUCACAUUGCACUGAUGUCACUGUCUUGCCUUCAACAGAUCCAGACUUGAACACUCUCAGUCGAGCCAGAUGUUCAACCCCUCAGAUCCCCUGUUAUUCCCUACUCUACCUAUACAACAUUGCCUGUUAUUCCAACAUGCCUGCGAUGAUUGCUGUGAAGUGUCUAUUUGCACCGUAGUUCACUCCAAAUGUUGGAACAUGGCAAAUAUGGCGAUUUCUGGCUUCAAUCAAAGACUCUUCUGGAUAUUCCUUAUGGCUAACUCCAAACUGUAAAUUAAAACAUGGACGAUCCACCCGUGAUGGCUUUAGAGGAACAGCAGUCAUCAGAGUUUCACGAGGCCCCCAAACUGACAGUAGAGGCCAACUCAAUCGUGGAUGAAAGUCCAACGUCAAGAGAUAUUACUUUCGAAUCUCUUACAGAUACAAAUGUGGAGAACCAAACACUUGAGCUGAAGAACGGAGGUAAUAUUGACCCCAAAUUUUGCAGACGUUCAUUAAGCAAGCUGAAUCGAUUUUCUCCUGUGCAAAUCAGCAAGUGUGGUCCUCGUCUUGUUCCAAAUCGAAAGAAAUGUGUCUCCGUGACAGAGAAAGACCCAAGUGAAGAACCAAGCACUUCAACAUCAAGCUCAAAAUAUGAAAUGAAUGGCGGUGAUCAUGUAUCUGACCAAGCAAACCUUGAGAACAAUGAUACGUUGAUCAAACAUUUGUUAAAUGCCUCCGAUAAUCCAGAGGCUAACAGCCAUGACAUCUCUGUUUUAAAGGUCCGAUCUUUUUCAGGCCCCGCCUUCAAUUUUGACUCCUCUCCCGUAAGCCCCUCCCACCUCGUGUACCCGUACUCUGCACCUUUGCCCGUCUCCAAGGAUGCAGAUCUACCACGGAUCAUCAAACACAAGCCCAGCUCCAUCACGUUUGCCGAUUACGACAGCUUUUUAAAUCUAAUCCAAAGUGUCAACGAGAGCUCGGAUACCUGCGAGACGUCUUCUGAAGAUGAAGGACCUGAUGUGGUUUUUCCAAAGAUGACCAAGGAGGUUCUCGCUUGCUCCAGAUGGCAGAGGGCUGGGUUUGACAAGCAGAGACGGAAGGGAGCCUGUGGCCAGGCGGGUUCCAGCAUCAGCACCAGCAGUUAUGAAGCAGAAGAGGACAGCAGUAGUACAGAGGAGUCUCCUCAGGUCCAGUCUCCAUUGUCUGAAUCCAUGAUCCAGCUGAUGAGACGAUUAGAUCAGCUAAACAUGGACAUAGAGGAAGCUCUGAGCGCUGGAUCCUCGCCCUCUGACACGCCCAACACCGCCCGAAGACACCUAGCCAUGAUGAAUGAUGAAUCAACACUGCAGAGCAGAGGCGCGGGAGUUAAAAGUCCCCUCGACUGCAACAGCAUGGCGAGAAGAACAGACCCCAGGGAAAGAAACGCUCACGAGAGACUCACCAAAGCAGGAACUGCUUCUUACCUCGGGAGGUCUCAUGGUAAAAAGAUAGAGAUGUCCAUCAAGAAGAGGUCUGGAGCGGCGGAAAUCGAGGCGAAGGAGGCUUGCGACUGGCUCCGAGCAGCAGGAUUCCCUCAGUACGCCCAGCUCUUUGAAGAUUCUCAGUUUCCAAUUGACAUCUCUCCUGUGAAGAAAGAUCACGACUUCUUGGACAAAGACCUCGUGGAACCUCUGUGCCGGCGACUCAAUACGUUGAACAAGUGUGCCUCUAUGAAACUGGAUGUUAACCUUCCCAAGAAAAAAAGUGAAGACUCAGAUGAAGACGACCUCUUUGCCAUCAGCGACAAAUGGACCUUUGAAUGGAGCAGUCGUCGCUGGUCCAGGCUACAGGACAUCGACUGCCUCCUGAGGGGUGUGGAAAACAGGACCCCAGCGGAGAACUCUGCCCUCCGGACAACCACCAGCAGCGAGAGCGUUCUGACCGAUCUGAGCGAGCCGGAGGUCUCGUCGCUCCACAGCGAGAGCAGUGCCGGUAGCGGCGGCAUCCGCACUAACAGCGCAUACGAGUCGGACGGCUCGCACCGCACGUGUUCGGACUCCGCUGCCAUGCUCGACCGCACACUACUCGGCAUGGCCCACCUCUCUCCAAAUCUCUCGGGCUAUGACUCUCUCCCCACGAAGCAUGCAAAGCGAGGACGUACGCGAGCGAAAGAAUUCCUACGCCGCAUGGAGGCGUUGCAGUUACGUGGAGCAAUGGGCGGCCUGGGGAACAGGAGUCUUGUUAUAAGCGCCCCGGUUCUCCAACAGGAACCCCAGGCGGUGAAAACUCUCCACUGUGUGGAGAUCAUCAACGGAGACGGACGAUCGACAGAGAUGGGGUUGACCUCGCGGUCAAGUAGCGAGGGGAGCGGGAGUCAAUCUAGCGGGAGUACUGUCAGUACACCGAACCUGAAGGAACGCAGCGUCCACAGGGCCGAUCACAAGCGCAGCGGGAUGUACCUUGAGGACCUGGAUGUGUUCUCCAGUGACAUCCAGGGUAAACGGGUGGCUGAGCAGAACCGUCGCAACGAGUUCCGCUCUUACGAGGACCUGGUGGUACACAUUCCCGAAGACCACAAACCUGGAACGUUUCCUAAAGCUCUGUCCAUAGAAAGCCUCGCACCCUCAAUGGAAACCUCCAUCAACUGGCACCCGGCAAGCGCGGACGUCCGACGUCCACCCAGCAUCAAAGAACCUCGCCCCAUCACCCAAUGCUGCACCCGAGGCAGUCGGAUCAGCGUUUAUGACAACGUACCCGGCUCACACCUCUAUGCCAGCACCGGUGACCUCAUAGACUUAGAAAAAGAAGACCUGUUCCCACAUCUGGAUGAUAUUUUACAGCAUGUUAGUGGGCUUCAGCAGAUCGUGGAUCAUUGGUCUAAGAACGUACUGCCCAACAGUGAAAGCGCAGGGCAGGAGCGAGUCGAUCUUGACGGCGGGAGACAGGGAGACCUGCAGUCGUCCAGUCAGAUCACGCUGGACUUUGAGGGACAUUCAGUGCUGGAGGGUCAGGCCACCUCCAGUGACGGAGAGAGAGACGGCGUAUCGCUUAAUGAAACUGAAUCCACAGGCAUGAGAGAGAGGAGAGACUCGGGGGUAGGAGCUUCACUGACCAGACCAAACCGUUUGCGAUGGCCCAGCUUCCAGAUUUCCAACCGCCUCAGCCGCUCGGUUGCCUGUCUGCAGAUCACCAGUCAGUCGGCAGCUCAGCUCAGCCUGCUGCAGAAGUUUUCCUUACUCCGCCUCACUGCCAUCAUGGAGAAGUACUCCAUGUCCAACAAACACGGCUGGACCUGGUCUGUGCCAAAGUUUAUGAAGAGGAUGAAGGUUCCAGACUAUAAGGAUAAGAAUGUGUUUGGUGUUCCACUGAUCGUACACGUGCAGCGAUUUGGUCAACCUCUACCUCUCGGUGUGCAGCAGGCUUUACGCUACCUCAGGAGUCAGUGCCUCGACCAGGUGGGUCUUUUUCGCAAGUCGGGUGUGAAGUCUCGCAUCCAGGCCCUCCGGCAGAUGAAUGAAAGUUCUCCGGACGAUGUUAACUACGAGGACCAGUCUGCGUAUGACGUGGCCGAUAUGGUGAAACAGUUCUUCCGAGAUCUGCCUGAGCCUCUGUUGACCAGUAAACUGGGUGAAACCUUCCUCCAUAUUUAUCAAUAUGUGCCCAAAGAGCAGCGCUUACAGGCCGUGCAGGCGGCCAUCAUGCUGAUGUCCGAUGAAAACCGGGAGGUCCUGCAAACUCUCCUCUGCUUCCUGAGUGAUGUCACUUCCUCUGUGCAGGAGAACCAGAUGACCCCCAUGAAUAUCGCAGUGUGUUUGGCACCUUCGCUCUUUCAUCUCAAUAUCUUGAAGAAGGAAAAUCUGACACCAAGAGCUAUGCAGAUGCAAAAGAAGAUCGCCACAGGAAGACCAGACCAGAAGGACCUGAAUGAAAACCUGGCGGCCACACAAGGCCUGGCACACAUGAUCACAGAGUGCAACCACCUGUUCGAGAUUCCGCACGAAAUGGUGACGCAAUCGAGGAACUCGUACGUAGAGGCGGAGCUUCAAGCUCCGACGAUGGAGGAGCUCUGCAAACCACAGCAAGACGAAGACGGAGAAGAUGAGGGCUCCUGGUCCUCCUUCAUGGAAGCCAGACUUCAGGGUCUCCUCAAAGAAGCCAGAGAGAAAGCCAAAGGCUGGGUGUCCUGUCAGAGCACAGGCAAUACUGAACUCUCAUACAAGAAGGUGGGCGACGGGAACCCGCUGCGACGCUGGCGGGUCUCGGUCGAGGUGGAAGCCCCUCCAUCGGUGGUUUUGAAUCGGGUUCUGCGGGAGCGCCACCUGUGGGACGUGGAUCUGAUGAGCUGGAAAGUGUGCGAGGUUCUGGACAGGCAGACGGAAGUGUUUCAAUAUGUGCUCAACUCCAUGCCUCCUCACCCCAGCAGAGACUUUUUGGUGCUCAGGUCGUGGAGGACAGAUCUGCCUCGGGGGACGUGCUCUCUGGUGUCUGUGUCUAUUGAACAUGAGGACUGUCGGCCUGUAGGGGGCGUCAGAGCUAUAGUGAUGGAGUCGAACUACUUACUAGAGCCCUGUGGCUCUGGCAAGUCCAGACUUACCCACAUUUGUAGAGUUGAUCUGAAAGGGAGAACCCCAGAAUGGUAUAACAAAGCUUUCGGACAUCUUUGCGCCGCCCAAGCUGCCCGUAUCCGCAACUCCUUCCAGCCGAUCCACGCAGAGGGUCCAGAGACCAAAAUAUGAGCCGCACUAUUACUCUGUACUUGAGGAAUCUGACUGGAGAUUUGAGAUCUUAGAUCCCUCAAGUUCUAUGACUCUAAAAAUACUUGACUUUUGCACAGUGGGUCAAGUAUAUAAACCCAAGUGGGAAAAUCAUCAACGUACCAGUGUACCUUCAGUUUGUUGAUUUCUGAUAUCUUAUUUUAAUUAUUAUUAUUAUUUGUAUGAUAAUUAUUGUAUUUUUUUAAGCGUACAUGAUCUUAUACAAUGUAUAUGAUGCUAAGCUCUUAAGUGCUUCUGGGAAGCAUGCAUUUUAUUAAAUUAAAAUAAAGAAAGCUAUAUUUGCACAUGCAUGCACCACAUAUCCAUGUAUGUGUUUGUUUGAUUAUGUGUAUAUGUGGACAUACAUGCAACUUGUAUAGACAAUAUAUACAGUAUAUAUUUAAAUGCGGACAUUUUGCAUACAUGUGUUGAUAUCUUUUGCACAGAUAUCAGUGUAAUUCAUAUGGUACAAAAUGUAACUCAAUUGUAAGCUGGGUUUACUUUGCUUUUUGUUUUUGUUGUAAUGUUUGUCCAAGAAUGGGUGUAAUAUUCAGGUAUUUGCGUUCGCUUGUAAGAAUGAACGAAAUGACUUGGGUUUGAUUUUCUCAGACCUGCUUAUAGUACUGGAUAACUUUAAUUAAAAAGAGACAAAGAUUUUUAA